CAUUGGUGAAAGCUUGAGUUGGAAAAGUGAGUAGUGUGGUGGUGUGAUGAGUAGGUGAAUGUGAACAUUUGUUGUCGUGUUAUUUGAUAUCUGCAAUUCUGUUUACUAAUAACAUUUUUUUGGUGAAUUAUAGUUAUAAUAUAAAGAAUAAGAUUUAUGUAGACUAAGUUUAUAGUUUAUGUUAAUUAGAUAGAGCUCGUGUCAUGGAAAACGCAGAAGAAGUGAUGCAGUUAUUGGAAGAGUUUUCCAAAAUAAAGCCUAAAGAAAUACCUCCAGAACUGGAUGACUAUCUUGGUUAUGUUGCGAAAACGGGUGAUCCAGUUUACCAGUGGUCUUUAAUAAAAAAUUUAUUUAGAGAAAAGUUACUUAGUGUGAUCACAGACUUUUAUGAAAGUACUUUAACUGUAGAGCUACCUCCUUGUCCUAAUGUAGAGCCAUUUAAUUAUGAAAGAAUGAAAACUAGCUUGCUUGAACGUUUUGACACAUUUUCUAGUGCACCUUUUACUGUUCAAAGAAUAUGUGAACUUUUGACAAACCCUCGAAAAGAAUACAAUAGAGCUGACAAAUAUAUGAGGGCUAUUGAAAAGAAUAUUUUAGUUGUUAGCACACGAGAGCCAGGUACUGGGAAAAGGUGUUUAGAGUGUGAUAGUCAAUCAGAAGCGGUCUUAAAUGGUAUUCCAGAAGUGAAAUUAAAUGAAUCGGAUGGAAGUUUGGUUCACGUACCUACAGAUUUGCCAUAUCUAGGAGCCCCUCCAGCUUCUAAUGAUGUAACAGUUGAGACAACAGAAACUAAUGUCACAGUAAGUGAAAGAGUAGUGUUAGAUAUCAAUGGAGAAUCUACGAACAAAAUCUUUAAACCCAAUAAUGAUAAGCAAUGGACUAGUCAAGGACCUGCUUCUACUGCUCAAGAACAAUCUAACUCUAAGCCAGAAACAAAUGCCAAUGUCACCAUUACUAUAGUGGACAAAUUCCCAGAAGACAAAGACUGUAAUAUAAGUGAUAGACCUUCUUGGAGUAGCUGUUAUAACAACUCUAGAACUGCAAGCCCUAAAAAUGUUGAGGGUGACAGUAGUUCCGAUACUUUUACACAAAAUAGUGAAUCAAUCCUUCCAGAUAGCAUAGAUUCUUCUCAAGAAGAUGCUGAAGUUCAACCCACUGUAAGACAAGAAAAUGAUGAUGUAGAAAAUAACAGUGAUGAAAAUGAAGUCUCGUCAACACCAGUGGAAGAAAGUACGGAAGUUCCAAUAAUUCAAGAAGUAGAGGAGCCAGCAGAUUCAGAAGCGGAAGCCACGAAUUCUAGUAUUUUAUUAGAAAGUGAGUCUGAUGUGAAUUCUUCAAAUGACAAUGAAAUAAAUAGCAGUGACAGGGUAAUAGUACAAACGGACGAAUCAAAACUAAUAAUAUCCGAAGUGACUGCAAAAAACUCAGAUGAAGUAGAUUUAGAAUGUAAUGAAAUUACUGGUACUGUUGUUUCCCCCUUUUCACCACCAGAAUGUAUAUGUGCAAAAUUACGGGCAGAAGAAGUGGUUCAGAAUAUUAGUAUAAAUGUGAUAGAGGAACCUGAACAACCUGAAACUCAUCCAGAUUCAAGUAAUGAUGUCUGCACAGAGAUUAAAGUCCCUAUACCAGUAGAAACACAACAGCCUGAAAUAAGCUCAGAAGCAGAUUCUAUGUCGGAAACAAAUGAAGAAAUAGGUGAGUCAGAGAGUAAACAAUAUUUUUCAGGCAGUGUUCCAGACCAGACGAACAGUGAAAUCAUAGAUGAAAAUACUGAUCAGGGGUCUUCUCCAGACUUGAAUAAAAUUACUGAUGAGGAGGAAUGUGUGGUAAAAGUAUCAGAAAAUGCAGUCCUUUCAUCCAAUUCUCAAGAAGAAACAAUGGUGAGUGGAGGGCCGUGUUCUGAAUCCAAAAUUAAUGAGAUACAAAGCACAAGUGAUCAUGAUGACAUGUAUGACCAGGAAAGGAGGGAGGAAUCUGUGAUUCACUCUGUUUCAAAUGUUAUUCCUGACAGCCAGCAACAAAUCACAACAAUUGAAGAAAUUAGUGUUGAUCCCAGUUGCGAAGCAGAAGAAGAAGCAAUGGAUGUAGAUGACACCAGUAACCAGAUGUUGAUUGGUGAAUGUGAGAAUGCAGGAGAACCAAUGGACCAGUCUGAUCAAUUGCAGAGUUAGUUCAAGAUUCAGGAGUUUGAGUUUGGUCCAGGCAUAUUUAUUCAGUCAUGGAUUCAGGAGAUUUCCAACUGUAUAAUAUUUUAUUUUAAAAACUUUGUUCUGAUAGUUCAUAAAAAUAAAUUACUGUUGUAAUUCUGUAAGAAAUAAGUGCUACAUUUUUUCUAAUUUUUUUAGAUACAUUUUAAGAUAAAAAUUAAUUAUAUUAUAGAACAAAAAUAAAAAACAGACAACAUUAUCGUAGUAAAAGUGUUAAAUAUUUAGUGUAUGGAGCCAUUAAGUGUAUAAAGAAAGUUGAACUCACAACUUCCCAUUAUAAGUGUUGUAAUGCUAAAAACAUAUUUUACCUUCCUAUGAAUAAAAUACAGCUAAUCCCAUGUGUAAAACAUGAAAGAAGGAAAUCAAUUUUUAAAGUGAGAAUGGCUGAAUAAAAUUACAUUUAAAUUCAUCUAACCAAAGACAAAUUGAAAUGACAAGUGGUAAAGAAACAUUUUUUCAGAACCACCACAACAAUUUUUAUUUAAUUUGUUUGAAGUGAUCACAAUAGAGGCAUCAGUUCUUUCUCAAACACUAAAUCAUGUCCCACAAAGUGGGCAUAAUAUUAUAAGGUUGUAAAAUACUGCCUCUGUACUUGUAGCCUGGUAGUUGUAGGAUAUUUAAUUAAGGGUUAAUCUUUUUAAGUUUGUAUACUGAUUACAGCAUUGCUUUACCAAACCAUUUAGUUCCUGUUAAGAAAAUUAUAUUAAGCCCAAAACAAGGUAUGGAAUUAUAGUUGCUACAUUAGAGAGUUAAAUUUUUCUGAAGUAAUUUUUUAUGUCAAAUAAAACAGAUUACAAAUAUGCAAAUUAGAGGAUUAAAACUGUAAAAUCUUGUAUUUUUGCACAAGAUUUCGGCCAGUUUUGUAUGUCCGCAAAUCAUUUAGUGUUUUUGUUAGUUUUAUAUGAACAAAAACGUUGAAAUAUAUAAUAUAAUAUAUAUAUAAUUUCUGUAAAUGUACGUUUCUGAUAUUGAGUUUGUGGAUAGACUACUCUGAUACAGUACGACACCUUCUGAAGACUUCCACACACUCGCUGUAACUGUGACUGAAGUGAAGUUACUCUUGCUGCAUGUUGAUGAAAGGAUAUAGAAUAAUUUUCUUCACCUUCAGUCACUGUACUUCCAAUAAGAACGGUUUGAGAACAUAGUGAAAUAACCAUCUAUCUUCUCUCAAAUAUUAAUAAAAAAAUUGAUUUAUUUUUGACAUAAAUAUUGUGGCUGUUGUAUAUCAUGCAACAACUUUUAAAGUUAUAGGCGCUUAUGGUUACAAAUAGAUCAUCUGGAAGUUGUCAGCAACAUUUAUAUUUGUGUUUUCCAUUUGAUGUCAACAAAAUGUUAACAGCCGUUUUAGAAAACUUGUGUGUACGUUAUGUAUGUAAUUUUGAGGAAAUCAUUUUACAUAAUUGUUAUUUUAAUAUUGCCAAAUUUUUCAACUUCAAAAAGUAUUUGUUUUAAAUAUUAACUGCUUUAACUGUUUUAUAUCUAUUUCAAAUCUUGGUUUAUUAAAACUGUAAAAUCAUUUUAUCAUGUACACCAAGAUUGUUUAUAAAAAUCAUGGGAAAAAUGGAGGAUAUCAUGAUGUUUUAAAAGAUGUGAGAUUGGUAAAUUAUGAAUGUCAUUGAGCAUUGACAUUUAUAUAUAUUUUAUGUUUAGUUGGCUGUAAUGAAGAAAAUAUUUAGGUGGCCAUUAAAAUUUAAAUUCUGUGAAUAUGGAAUUUAUUUAAAACUAUAUUGGUGUUUAAGUAUUUCAGUUAUAUGUACAACUGGAUGUUGUAAUGGCUAGCAAAUAAAUUCCAAACUGUUUGGAUAGUUAAAUAGAAUUAGAAGUCUGUAGUAAAAUUAAUAGUGGAAAUCUAUUUCAUUUUUACUAUUACUAACGGUAAUAUACAAAAUUACAUACAAAUCGAAUCUGCCAUAUCUUCUUUUUUUAAGCACAAAGUAAUGUACAGCUUUACAUACAUCAGUUUAAUGUAAGGUAAAAUUUAAAGUUAUAAUUUUUAAGAUUUUAAAAUAGAAUUUGCAUAUUUUAAAUUAAAGUUAAGAUGCAAAUCAAUGAAAAUUCAUGACUUGUACAGUGCAUAAAAGCACAGUAUCCAUUCAGAUAUGAAAUUUAAUAUUUUUCAUUAUACAUGUAAUAUUGACAAAUUUGGCAUAUAUUUUCUUUUUAACAUAGAAGUUUUAAUACUCAGUUUAAAAUUGUGAUAAAUAAGAUUUUUAAAAUCCUAACUACUGUGAAGUGUUAGUUGGUACACUUUGCAUAAUAAUCUUGUCUCAACAUAGAUAAUGUUCAAGCAGUUGUAAUAUGUGUCAAUUGCAUUAUAUUAUUGUAUAAACUAGACUACCUCUAAUUUUAUCUAUUUUGUUGUUCUUAGCUAGAACUUAUUUAAGUUGUGAAAGUGUGAGUUUUUUUAUCUAAUGUAGAAAAUUAAAAAAUAUUCUUUUAGUGAUAAAA